AUGGGCAGCAAGGAAGAUGCAGGCAAGGGGUGUCCGGCGGCCGGCGGCGUCUCCAGCUUCACCAUUCAGUCCAUCCUGGGCGGGGGCCCCUCCGAGGUGCCACGGGAGCCCGCCGGCUGGCCGGCCAGGAAGCGCAGCCUGUCCGUGUCCUCGGAGGAGGAGGAGCCGGACGACGGCUGGAAGGCACCUGCCUGCUUCUGCCCAGACCCGCACGGCCCCAAGGAGCCGGGCUCCAAGCAUCACCCCCCCAUCCCCUUUCCUUGCCUGGGUACCCCCAAGGGCAGCGGAAGCGCGGGGCCCGCGAGCUCGGAGCGCACGCCUUUCCUCUCUCCUUCGCACCCGGACUUUAAGGAAGAGAAAGAGAGGCUCCUGCCCGCGGGCUCGCCUUCGCCAGGGCCCGAGCGGCCGCGGGACGGCGGCGCCGAGCGGCAGGCGGGCGCCGCCAAGAAGAAGACGCGCACGGUCUUCUCGCGCAGCCAGGUGUACCAGCUCGAGUCCACCUUCGACAUGAAGCGCUACCUGAGCAGCUCGGAGCGCGCCUGCCUCGCCUCCAGCCUGCAGCUCACGGAGACCCAGGUCAAGACUUGGUUCCAGAACCGCCGCAACAAGUGGAAGCGGCAGCUCUCGGCCGAGCUGGAGGCGGCCAACAUGGCGCACGCGUCGGCGCAGACUCUGGUGGGGAUGCCGCUGGUGUUCCGGGACAGCUCGCUGCUGCGGGUGCCGGUGCCGCGCUCGCUCGCCUUCCCGGCGCCGCUCUACUACCCCGGCGGCAACCUCUCGGCCUUACCUCUCUACAACCUCUACAACAAGCUCGACUACUGA